AUGCUCAUAAAAUUUCUCUUCCAGGUGAAACAGGCAACCAACCAAAUUGUGAUGAACUGUGCUGACAUUGACAUUAUUACAGCUUCCUAUGCGCCACAAGGAGACGAAGAGGUACAUGCCACAGGGUUCAACUAUCAAAAUGAGGAUGAAAAGGUUACUCUCUCCUUUCCCAGUACUCUCCAGAAAGGGACAGGGACGCUAAAGAUAGACUUUGUAGGGGAGCUGAAUGAUAAAAUGAAAGGUUUUUACCGAAGUAAAUACACCACCCCUACUGGAGACACACGCUAUGCUGCUGUCACUCAGUUUGAGGCUACUGAUGCUCGCCGAGCUUUCCCUUGCUGGGAUGAGCCUGCUAUUAAGGCAACGUUUGAUAUUUCUUUGGUGGUUCCUAAAGACAGAGUAGCUUUGUCAAAUAUGAAUGUCAUCGACCGAAAGCCAUACCCAGAUGAUGAGAACCUGGUGGAAGUGAAGUUUGCUCGCACCCCUGUCAUGUCGACGUAUCUCGUAGCGUUUGUGGUGGGAGAGUACGACUUCGUAGAGGCCCGGUCCCUGGACGGCGUCUUAGUGCGUGUUUACACUCCCGUUGGCAAAGCGGAGCAAGGAAAGUUUGCGUUAGAGGUUGCUGCUAAAACUCUGCCUUUUUAUAAGGACUACUUCAAUGUUCCUUACCCUCUUCCUAAAAUUGAUCUCAUAGCUAUUGCAGACUUUGCUGCUGGUGCCAUGGAGAACUGGGGCCUUGUUACUUAUAGGGAGACUGCGUUGCUCAUUGACCCCAAAAAUUCCUGUUCUUCAUCUCGCCAGUGGGUUGCUCUGGUUGUAGGACACGAACUUGCUCAUCAGUGGUUUGGAAACCUUGUGACCAUGGAAUGGUGGACCCAUCUCUGGCUGAAUGAAGGAUUUGCCUCCUGGAUUGAGUACCUAUGUGUAGAUCACUGUUUCCCAGAGUACGAUAUCUGGACUCAGUUUGUUUCUGCUGAUUACACACGAGCUCAAGAGCUUGAUGCCUUAGACAACAGUCAUCCUAUUGAAGUUAGUGUUGGCCAUCCCUCCGAAGUAGAUGAAAUAUUCGAUGCUAUUUCUUACAGCAAGGGAGCAUCUGUAAUCCGAAUGCUACAUGACUACAUUGGUGAUGAGGACUUUCGGAAAGGAAUGAAUUUGUAUUUAACGAAGUUCCAGCAGAAGAACGCCGCUACAGAGGAUCUCUGGGACAGCCUGGAAAAAGCUAGUGGUAAACCUAUUGCUGCUGUGAUGAAUACAUGGACCAAACAAAUGGGAUUUCCGCUCAUUUACGUGGAAGCUGAACAGCAAGAAGAUGACAAAGUGUUGAAGUUAGUCCAGAAGAAAUUCUGUGCCAGCGGACCAUAUACCGGGGAGGACUUCCCCAUGUGGAUGGUCCCCAUCAGUAUUUGUACAAGCGAUGACCCCACCUGUGCCAAAAUGCAGAUACUGAUGGACAAACCAGAGCUCACUUUGGUGUUGAAAGACAUCAAACCAGACCAGUGGGUGAAGUUAAACCUUGGAACAGUGGGGUUUUACCGCACUCAGUAUAGCCCUGACAUGCUGGAGAGUUUAAUACCAGCGAUCAAAGACCUCUCCCUACCCCCUGUGGACAGGCUUGGCCUGCAGAAUGAUCUUUUCUCUCUGGCCCGAGCUGGAAUCAUUAGCACUGUAGAGGUUCUAAAAGUCAUGGAAGCUUUUGUGAAUGAGCCCAAUUAUACUGUGUGGAGCGACCUCAGCUGUAACCUGGGGAUUCUCUCAACUCUCUUGUCCCACACAGACUUCUAUGAGGAAAUCCAGGUGUUCGUGAAAGAUGUCUUUUCACCAAUAGGGGAGAGACUGGGAUGGGACCCCAAACCUGGAGAGGGUCAUCUAGAUGCCCUUCUGAGAGGUCUGGUCUUGGGCAAACUAGGAAAAGCUGGGCACAAGGCAACAUUAGAAGAAGCCCGACGCCGAUUUAAGGACCACGUGGAAGGCAAACAUGUGCUGUCAGCUGAUCUGAGGAGUCCUGUAUAUGUAACUAUUUUGAAGCACGGAGAUAGUACUACUUUAGACACUAUGCUGAAGCUUCACAAGCAAGCAGACAUGCAGGAGGAGAAGAACCGAAUUGAACGCGUCCUUGGAGCCAUCUCUCAACCAGAACUGAUUCAAAAAGUUCUCACCUUUGCACUUUCAGAAGAGGUACGUCCCCAGGACACGGUAUCUGUUAUUGGUGGAGUGGCUGGAGGCAGCAAGCAGGGGAGGAAAGCUGCUUGGAAAUUUGUAAGGGACAAUUGGGAGGAACUUUAUAAUCGAUACCAAGGUGGAUUCUUAAUAUCCAGACUAAUAAAGCUAACAGUGGACGGAUUUGCAAACGAUAAAAUGGCCGCAGAAGUUAAGGCCUUCUUUGAGAGCCACCCGGCUCCGUCGGCAGAACGCACUGUCCAGCAGUGCUGUGAAAAAUUGAACGCCGCUUGGCUGAAGCGGGACGCCGAGAACAUCCACCAAUAUUUCCUGCAGCGCAAGGCCCCGCCAGCCAUGGUGUGAAUCCGUGCAUGCCACUGCUGCAGUCCUGCUGCCGCCUCAUGGGGAGAGGGAGGAGCUACCCAACAGCUGAUUCAUAUGCCAAGAAUUUGGAGUCUUUUUCUCAAACCAAUGGGGAUUGGACAAUGAAUGUAGUUAACUGGUUCCUGCUCACACUCCAGAUUUAAAUUCUAUUAAAAUUAUCAGCAAUUCAGCAAAAAAAAAAAAAGAGAAAGAAAGAAAGAAAAAUCUGUAAAUAUGAUAGUAAUAAAAUAGAGCAUAACAAAACUGUGAAACUUCCUCAAGCCUUGUCAGUGGUUAAAAUAUUUAACACCCCUCUCCUGACACUCUUAUUGACA